GUUGAUUCUUUUAGGAGGUUGUGCUUCCGCAGUUAGUGCUUCCCGUUGAAGCUGUAAGGAAAAGAAAGAAAAACAGGAAGGUCGUGAUCUCGCUUUUUCAAGCAAAAAGGACAGUCUCGCAGACAGACAACACGUCUCAAAAUCCGCCGACGAACAUGAAGUCUCUGCUGACACUGUCAGUGUUUUUGGUGCUCAUAAAGGAAGACAAUGGACAGAAACCAGUAGUGUCUCUCCGGCCGAGAUUCCCACAGGUGUAUGUUGGAGACGACGUCACUCUCAUCUGUAAAGGAGGAAGCAACCCAACAAAAUGGGUUAUUAACGGAAUAGAACAACCCCAUCAGAAUGAUGUAAUGCUUCUUACCACAGUGACACCACACAACAAUGGGCAAUAUGAAUGUGAGCAGAACGGAGAGAAGAGUGAUCCGGUCCCCCUCACUGUACUGGUGCUGGAGGCUCUUGCUCAGCUCUCCCCAUCUGUAGGAGGCUCUGUGAUAUCUAAAGGAGAAGGAAGAAACCUGGUGCUGCAGGUGGACGAUGCUGAAGAACUCCACAACUGGAAGUGUUUUGCGUUUCGUGGCAAGAGGGAAUUCAAAUUAGAUAGAAUUGAUGUUAAUAAGAAGUUGAAGAGGGCUGUUAUCUUUGCAGAACUCAAAGAUGCAGAAAGAGCCACUUUCUGGUGCCUGAAUAAAAACGCAACACAUCGAAGCAAUGCGGUGACACUGAAGAUUACAGAUAAACUGGUGAUGUUGGAGCCUCCAGCUGCUCCAGCACUGCUGGGUGAUUCUGUGGCUCUCAGGUGUGUGGCCUGGGGUGCAGAGAAAGUGGAAAAGGCAACUUUCUAUAAGAAUCAAAUAGAAAUCCCAGACAUCACUGCAGAUACAUAUAAUAUCACUGCAACACCAGAAGCUUCCGGCACGUACCACUGCCACGCCACCUACAGGCACAGCUACAUCAGUGCAACCGCUGCAGAGAAGGAGGAAGAUUCUGAUGCCCAGGAGAUCAAAGUUAUAGAAGGACCUCCUGCUGCAAAAAUGUCAGCAUCUGGGCAUACCCUAGAGUGUUCAUGUCCUAAUUGUUCUGAUGUCUGCAAGUCCUACUACUGGUAUUACACACCAUUUAACGACAGGUAUAGCCGCAGCAGACUGUCUGAAUACGGGAAAAAUAUUUAUGCAAGAGAAAACGGACUCUACUGCUGCCGGAUGAACUGUGGAAAAGGUUUCUCCCGUUUCAGCCAGCUUUACAGCCACAGAGCACGAUCUGAGUCAGAAAAUCUGUGGCCUGUCGUCCUGGCGGUACUUCUGUUGGUGCUUGUGUUGUUGAUCAUAGUGCUGGUUGCGGUGAAGCGAAGAAGACAAGGGGAAAGCAGCAUUCAAGCAAUCAAAGAUAAAGACAAAACAACAGGUGGAGAUACUGCAGUUUUGUUACACUCUGGGUGAGAGCACGGGCAAAGACAAGACUGAAGAAGGCACAGGAGGAGGCGGUGUACCACACACUUUCUUCAAAAUUUCUUCUUUUGUGCCACUUGAGGUUUUAACUUGCUAUAAAUUUUGGGCAAAUUAUUAUAUAUUAUAAGAUGAUCUUUAUAAAUCCUUGCCUAUACUAUUGCUAUACAGCCAGUGAAGGUUAAUAUACGGCCACUUCUCUCAAUUUUUUUUUUAUUCUCUCAUUCUUGUUUGCUUGUCCUCAAGCCAUCUAUGUAUAAGAUAUAUUGAACAAGACAAAGGAUUUUUCCAAAAACAAUUCCUUCUACUGUUUUUAUCUGUCCAUUUAUCUGACUAUACAUAUUUUUAAAGGCAGGUUUAUUAAAAUUUGUCAUUUGUCCUGCACUGAGCAAUUAAAUCUAGUCAUUUAAAAAA